ACACGAUCUUUGGUUACGCCGAACGCAGGAUGAGCAGCGCAAAGGCUGCUGGUACUCGGCUGUCAUGGCUCCGGACAUAAACAGAAAGCUGUGAAUAACGACACGUUUUGUUGUAGUAUUUUGCCAAAGUGACUGCAACUACACUUUAACUAUAACUAUCAACCGAGGAAAGAAGUACCAGGAAAUAACAUGUCCGGGGGAAACAAAGCCAUUGAGUUACAGCUUCAGAUGCGGCAAAAUGCGGAGGAUAUGCUUAGCUUCAUGAGGGAGCUGGAAAGCUGGGAGACAGAAAUAAAGAAGAAGGACGAGGAGCUGAGGACGGGAGGACUUCAGGAGGUUGAGAAGAAACUCCCACCUGUGCGCAACAAAGACUACAAAACAAAGAUGAGAGAAAAGAAGAAGAAAAAGGAGCCAGCAGGCAAUGGGCACGCAAAGGGAGAUGAGUCCAAGAAAGCCUCAAGGAUAAAAGCAUACGACUAUCGAUCAUGGGACAAGUUUGAUGUGAACAAGGCUCUGUCAGAGAUGGACAAGGAGGACAGUCCUGCAGAGUCAAACGAAUCUGACUCUGAGGAAGCUGCAGUUGAUCAGGAGAAAGCACUAGCUGAGAAAGAAAAGGGAAAUGCGUUUUUCAAAGAAGGGAAGUACAAUGAUGCCAUUGAGUGUUACACCAGAGGGAUGGUUGCAGAUCCUUACAACCCCGUGCUUCCCACAAACAGAGCCACCUCCUUCUUCAGACUCAAAAAGUACGCAGUGGCAGAGUCUGACUGCAACUUGGCGAUAGCUUUGGACAGCAACUACUUCAAAGCGUUUGUGCGGAGAGGAGCGGCACGGUUUGCACUAAAGAAAUAUGAAUCUGCAUUAGAAGAUUAUGAGAUGGUUCUCAAGCUUGACCCCGGAAACGUGGAAGCACAGAAUGAAGUGAGAACAAUCAAAGAGACCCUUGGACAUCAGGCCUCGGCAGCCCCGAGUGAAGCCACAACGCCGCAGGAGGCUCCUACAGCAGACCCUGAGCAGCAGAGACGACAAGAGGAGCAGCAGAGACGUCAGGAGGCGGUUGUACAAAAAGACAGAGGGAAUGCUUAUUUCAAAGAGGGGAAGUAUGAGGCGGCUGUUGAGUGUUACAGCAGAGGCAUGGAGGCAGACAGCAUGAACGUCCUACUGCCUGCCAACAGAGCUAUGGCCCUCCUGAAGCUGGAUAAGUAUGCGGAAGCAGAGGAGGACUGCACCAAAGCCAUUUCUCUGGACAACACGUACUCCAAGGCUUUCGCCCGCCGUGCCACAGCCAGAGUGGCUUUAGGGAAACUGAAGGAGGCCAAACAAGAUUUCCAGGAGGUGUUGAAACUGGAACCAGGGAACAAGCAGGCUCUUAACGAAAUCCAGAAAAUCCAGACUGCUUUGGCUUCCAGUGGCCUUCUUCAAACGGCAGACAGCACACAGAGGAGAACAGUGCAGCCAAUAGACAAACCAACACAUCUGCGCUCAACUAAACCACUGAGGAGGAUUGAUAUUGAAGAAGUGAGUGGAAAGGUGUCAGCGUCUGAGGUGGAGUCAGACGGGUCCAAGAAGCCCUUCAUCCGGGAGGUGGUGAGGGAGGCUGAGGGCGAGUCCUCUCCACUGUCGACAUCACCCAGCGCCAAGAUGAUCAAGAUCGAGGAGAUAGCAGAAGUCCCUUCACACUCAUCUGACCAAGUUCCUUCUAGCAGACAGACUAAUCUACCAGCGCAGGAAGAAAUCACACAUCCUCCUCAGCCAUCAGCCGACCCCUCCCCGACAGUAACAGACCUGCCUCCUCCACCCACCAACAGUUUCCAGCUGGAGGCUGAGCUCCGUAAGAUCGGAAACCAGCCCGAAGCGAUUUACAGAUAUCUGAGGCAAAUAAAGCCUGACGCAUAUGUAAACAUUUUCCACAACUCCCUUGAACCUGACAUUCUCAGUCAGAUCUUGAGGGCUCUGCAUGGUUUCUAUAUCAAGAAUGAAGCACCGGCCGUCACACUGGAGGUCCUCAGGAGUCUAGCAAGUGUGAGGCGCUUCGACAUGGCCGUCAUGUUCAUGUCGUCCCCCGAAAAGAAAGUGCUGAAAGAUGUGUUUGACUUCCUUCACCAAGCUGAGCUGGACGGAUCAUCGGUCACAGCCUUACAGAAGAAGUACGGAGUGUGACACUUGGACAUAAGGGAACUCUGCAAGCUCUAGAGACUGUAAAUUUCAACACACAGUGCUGCUUUGUUUUAAAUGCCAGCAAAACAAUGCAGUUAUGUUCUAAUACUGAUUAAAGUUCAGUUCAGUUGAGUUUCACCAAAUUGGACUGCUGUGUUACAGCCUUUCACCUGCUGAAAUGCGAUUUCAACUGCUUUGUCUCUUCACAAUGCCAUGUUCAUUUGAAGUUGGAAAAUGGCAGAUUGUUGAGACUCACAGUGCAGAAUCCUGUUCCUGUGCAACAGCUGAUGUCACCAAUGAUUCUUUCUGAGUAGAUUUAUGUCCUUAACCAUUUAGUUUCCAUACAUAUGUGAGCAUGCAGUGCUGAAAAAUAUUAUUUUUAUCGAUUCUAUUGAUGACAGAAUUAGCAGAAUGCGCAUCCAACUUGUUUGGGUUCAGAUGUUACAUAAAGGCAAACUAAGUGGAAAAAGGCUGGUGUGCAGAAUGUAAACCUUUGGCAGGUGUAUGGAAAAUUAUUUUUGAAAAUGUUUCCAACAAAUAAAUCUGUAUGAGAAACUUAA